AUAUAGUACCUUAUAGAGGUGGAGGUAUAGGUGAUGACGUAAUUAUGCAUUUAUAGAGGUCGUUUCUGAUUGGUUGUUUUAGAGAGGUUGUAUUAUAGAGGUGAUUUUUCAUCACUAUUUUUAGAAAAGGUAGCAAUAUAGAGGUCGUGUUCUCAUUGGUGGACUGGAUAUAGAGGUGAUGACGUAGUUACUAUUGAGGCCCUAUAGAGGGGGACUUUUUAGAGCAGUAAAUUUAUAGAGGUCGUGUUCUCAUUGGAGGAUUGAAUAUAGAGGUGAUGGCGUAGCUAUUUAUAGAAAAGGUUCUGUACAGAGCUUGUUCGUCACCAUUAUAUUUAGAAAGGUAUCAUUAUAGAGUUCGCAUAGAAACAUAUUCAUUAUAGAGUUAAUUACUAUACCAGAUAAUGAGCAUGCGCAAAAAAAAAAUGAUUUUUAGUUAUUCAUUUAUGUAAAAACAAUCAUUUCAUUAUGGAUUGUCGAGGAGUACAGUACAAAUGGAAAAUUAUAGCUUGGAGUGCAUUGAAAAAAGAUGAGAAAAAUCCCAAAACGUGGACAUUGAAUGAGAGUCGUUGGUUUGACAAUAAGACAGCUUGUAUAAAAGAUUUUAGAGAAGUGACCCGAAACGGUUACGAUUUUGCAGACAGCUGGGGAACUAAAGAAAUUUUAUUAAAACGUAGAGUUAUGCCCCAGUGAGCGCCUGAUAUGAAACACGAUGAAUGCAAGACAGACAAAGUUAUCAAUGAAAAAAGUUCAGUUUAACGAUAACGUUCACACUCUGUUAGUUCCAUACGAAGAUAGGAAAGGUGAAUGGAUGAAUUAUGCCAUUGAUAGAGCCCAUUUUAGGAGAAGAAUUCAACAGACAGAGAUAAUUUUGUUGCCUAUAUUGAAUAAGAAAAUAAAAUUAUUGGAGUGUAACCAAGCAUAACCCGGGUGAAAAAAAUUGCAAAGCAGGCACAAUUUAGAAGAUAUGGCUACUAAACCGACAACCUACUGGAAAUGCCAAGACGUGGAGACUUCUGGGGAACCGAAUCGGAUUAGGAAAAGAUUAUUCAUCGACUUAGACCGAACUGAAGACCAGGCUCCUAUGGCUAAACAUCCCAAGAUGGACAAAGAACAGACAGAGAAGGCCCCAAUUCUGAAGGAGGACAUAGGACGAAACAUGUUCCUCGUGGUGUCAAAGUUUCAUAGUGACACUAAAGUACACUUAAGAGUGUAUGAAGAAAAAGAAGACGGAUCCAACUACCCAACUAGGAAAGGGAUUGCACUCGAUUUAGAAAAAUGGAAAAAGAUUACCUAUUACAAGGAUGAUGUAGAUAGCGCUAUUGAUCAGCAUGAUGCUGAGAUGCAGGUAGCUUAUAAUCAGCACUUGGGGGAGAAUUACUACAUGACGAUUGACAACGACUACCCUGUAGUAAAUAUCAGGAAGUGGUGGAUGCCGCCUGGGAAUGAUGAAAUAGUUCCGACGAAGAAAGGAGCUGCCAUUACAUUUGAUCAGUGGGAAACUCUUAAGGAACUGAUGCCUGAAGUCGAAAAGAAAAUUGGUGACCAGUUAAAGGAGAUCGAGUUUUGCGAGAAUUCCGAAAGUCACCAGAAUCAGAUGGGCUUUUUGCAAUGUCCACGUUGCAAUCCAAAUGACUGUAAUAACUAUUAGAUUGUGAAAAAAACCCAUUUCAGUGUGUUCAAAGUACCAUUUGUGUUCAGUGAUAUAUUUAUGUAAUUAUAUUUGUUACUUAUGUAUGUAAUAUGCUUAAAAGUUUUUUAAAUACAUGUAAAGAUAAUGAAAGAAAUAUUUUAUUAGAUCAUGUACAAAACCUUUUUUUUGUAUUAUCAUGAUAGUAUUGCUAUUUUAAUCAUUUAUGUUGUACUAUAAUAAAAAAUGUUUUACUAUGCAUUAUUCUUAUAAUUUUUUAAAAUCUUGUCUAAAUUUAAAAAGAGAUGUUAAACAGUGUUUGGUUCAUAAAUCAAAAUGGUGUUGACUGAUGAACAACGACGGUACUUGGAAAACAUAUGGACUGAUGUGAAACAUGCUGCCUCUUUUGCAGGCCCUUACAAAUUGUAUCAAAUUGUAAAAAAAGAAGGGAAACAAAAAAUUGGUUUAAAGGGUAUAAGAGACUUUUUGUCAAAUUUAGAACCGUAUUCACUUCAAAAGAGAGUUCAGAGAAAGUUUCCCAGACGUCACAUUUUAACCGAUUCUAUAGACACCAUAUGGGAUGGUGAUUUACAAGACGUGCGAAACAUAUCCAAGGAAAAUGAAGGCAUACAGUAUAUUAUGGUUUUGCAAGACAUAUUUUCAAGAUAUGUAUUUACAGCUCCUUUGAAACAAAAAACGGCGUCGUAUGUAAUAGAAGCUUUAAAAGGGAUUUUUGCUAAUGGAAGAAAACCCAAAGUAUUCAGAACCGAUAAAGGAAGUGAAUUUAAAAAUCGUUGGGUGUCCUCUUUUUUGGAAAAAGAAGGCGUACACCAAACUUUUACGGAAAAUGAAACAAAAAGUAAUUUUGCAGAAAGGAGUAUUCAAAACUUAGAAAACAGA